CAACAUCUCCUUCUUCUCCUGUCAGUCUCACUGUUUAAGAACAUUUUGUUUUUAAUAAUUCGGUGACUCAGUGAAGGUUCGUUAAAGUCCAGAGGAGCGGCUCUGCUGUUGAAACGUGAUUGGAUGAUUCCUCUCAGACUGAAGUGCAGAAGAUGAGUGUUUGUGUGGAGGAGGAGGGGGACGGAGCAGACCGUGUGGGAUUCAAGAGCAGCCAGUCCAAAGCAGAUCCGCUGGCCUUCAGUGAUGGACCCGGACCCUCAGACACACAAGAGAGGAAGAGGAGCGGGGUCUGUGUGGAGAAGCGGCCGUCCUGCUGUGCUUCGUGUCAGGACGUCCUGAAGGAUCCAGUCUCUACCAGCUGUGGACACUGGUUCUGCAGACAGUGCAUCUCCUCAUACUGGGACCAGUCUGCUUCAUCAGGAGACUCCUCCUGUCCCCAGUGUGGACAAAGACCCAGAACCAGAGCUGGACUGCAGACAGCCAGUCAGAGCAGCUGUGGACAAACAGAUGCUGGUCUGCAGGAGGUUUUAGAGGAACAUAAGAUCAGUCUGAGGAGGAGAUGUGAACGUGUGACUGAAGGAAGUGAUCAAACAGGAAGUGGAACCCUCCUGAACAGGAUCUACACUGACCUCUAUAUCACAGAGGGACAGAGUGAAGAGGGUCAUACCCAACAUGAGGUGAGGCAGCUGGAGACAGCUUCCAAAAAGAAGACUUUUGAUGACAGACCAAUCAGGUGCCACGACAUCUUUAAAGCCUUCCCUGACCAACAGAGACCCAUCAGAGUGGUUCUGACCAACGGCGUCGCUGGUGUUGGAAAAACCUUCUCAGUGCAGAAGUUCAGUCUGGACUGGGCAGAGGGCUUGGAGAACCAACAUGUCAGUGUGGUGAUGCUGCUUUCAUUCAGGGAGCUGAACCUGAUCAGAGAUCAGCAGUACAGUCUUCUGGAGCUGCUCCAUGUUUUCCAUCCAACAUUACAGAAGGUCCCAGCAGAGAAGCUCGCUGUCUGGAAGCUUCUGUUCAUCUUUGACGGCCUGGAUGAAAGCAAACUUUCAUUGGAUUUCACCAACAGGAAGCUCGUGUCUGAUGUCACACAGAAGUCAUCAGUCAGCGAGCUGCUGACAAACCUCAUCGAGGGGAAUCUGCUUCCCUCGGCUCUCGUCUGGAUAACUUCCCGACCUGCAGCAGCCAAUCGGAUCCCUCCUAGAUGUGUUGACAGGCUGACAGAAGUGCGAGGUUUCACUGAUGCCCAGAAGGAGGAGUACUUCAGGAGGAGAUUCAAUGAUGAAGAGCUGUCCAGCAGAAUCAUCUCCCACAUGAAGACAACCAGGAGCCUCCACAUCAUGUGCAGAAUCCCAGUCUUCUGCUGGAUCACUGCUACAGUUCUGGAGCACAUGUUGACUAUAGAACAGAGAGGAGAGCUGCCCAAGACCCUGACUGACAUGUACUCACACUUCCUGCUGGUUCAGACAAAGAGGAAGAAGAACAAGUACCAUGAGGGACAUGAGACAAGUCCACAGGAGCUGACGGAGGCUGACAGGGAAGUUCUUCUGAAGCUGGGGAGGCUGGCGUUUGAACAUCUGGAGAAAGGAAACAUCAUGUUCUACCAAGAAGACCUGGAGCAGUGUGGUCUGGAUUUUACAGAGGCCUCAGUGUACUCGGGAGUUUUUACAGAGAUCUUCAAAAGAGAACAUGUGAUCUUCCAGAAACCAGUCUACAGCUUUGUUCAUCUGAGCAUUCAGGAGUUUCUGGCUGCAGUCUACAUGUUCCACUGUUACGCCAGCAGGAAGACAGAGGUGCUGGAGGACUUUCUGGGAGAAAAAUACAAUGAGUCAUCUCUGUGUAUCUUUCUGAGCAAGAUCAUGGAGAAAUCCCUCAGGAGUAAAAAUGGUCAUCUAGACCUGUUUAUUCGCUUCUUUCAUGGCCUCUCUCUGGAGUCCAACCAGAGACUCUUAGGAGGUCUGCUGGGUCAGACAGAGAACAGUCCAGAAUUCAUCCAGAGAGUCAUCAACAACCUGAAGAAGAUGAACAGUGAUAAAAUCUCUCCUGACAGAAGCAUCAACAUCUUCCAUUGUCUGAUGGAGAUGAAUGACCUCUCAGUACAUCAGGAGAUCCAAAAGUUCCUGGAGUCAGAAAACAGAUCAGAGAGACUCUCUGAGAUCCACUGCUCAGCUCUGGCGCACAUGAUGCAGAUGUCGGAGAUUCUGGACGAGUUGGACCUAAAGAAAUACAACACAUCAUUGGAGGGACGUUGCAGAUUGAUUCCAGUUGUGAGGAACUGCAGAAAGGCUCGACUGAAUUCUUGUGGACUCUCAGAGACUCACUGUGAAGUUGUGGCCUCAGCUCUCAAGUCCAAACCUUUCCAUCUGACAGAGCUGGACAUGAGUUACAAUGACCUGCCCUGUUCAGGAGUGAAGCUUCUGUGUGCUGGUCUGCAGAGUCCAAACUGUCGACUGGACACUCUGAGACUGGUGGACUGCUGGUUGUCAGAGAUCAGUUGUGCUUCUCUGCUCUCAGCUCUCAUGUCCAACCCCUCCCAUCUGAAACAUCUGGACCUGAGUGACAACAUCAAGCUGCAGGAUUCAGGAGUGAAGCUGUUGUGUGGUUUUCUGGAGAGUCCACACUGCAGACUGGAAACUCUGAGAUUGGUGAAUUGCAGGUUGUCAGAGAUCAGCUGUGAUUAUCUGACCUCAGCUCUGAAGUCCAACCCCUCCCAUCUGAAACUUCUGGACCUGAGCAACAACUUUGACCUGCAGGAUUCUGGACUGAAGCAGAUCUGUGGUUUUCUGGAGAAUCCAGAGUGUGGACUGGAGACUUUGAGACUGAAAGGUUGUGGAAUCUCAGAGACUUCCUGUGAAGUUGUGGCCUCAGUUCUGAAGUCCAACCCCUCCCAUCUGACAGAGCUGGACAUGAGUUACAACAAGCUGCAGGAUUCAGGAGUGAAGCUGCUGUGUGCCGGACUGGAGAGUCCAAACUGUCGACUGGAGACUCUGAGAUUGGAGUACUGCUGGUUAUCAGAGGUCAGCUGUGCUUCUCUAGUCUCUGCCUUGAAGUCCAGCCUCUUCCAUCUGAAACAUCUGGACUUGAGUAAUAACACCGACCUGCAGGAUUCAGGAGUGAAGCAGCUGUGUGGCUUUCAGGAGAGUCCACACUGUAGACUGGAGACUCUGAGAUUGGAGAACUGUGGUUUGUCAAAGAUCAGCUGUGAUUAUCUGGCAGCAGCUCUGAAGUCUGCCUGUUUUAGACAGCUGGACAUGAGCAGAAACAGCCUGCAGGAUCCAGAUGUGAAGCAGCUGUCUGAUCUUGUGGAGAGUCCACACUGCAGACUGGAGACACUGCAGUGGAGCCCAUGGUAAACAGGACGGUGUGUGUGCUGAGAGAGGAGGAGCUGUGUCCUGAUGAUCCAGAGAGGUUGAAGCAGCAGCAGCUUGUGUGCAGAGACGCUCUGACUGGGCCAUGUUACUGGGAGGUGGAGUGGAGAGGAGAGCUUCAUCCAGCAGUGACUGACAGAGGAAUGAGAAGAAGUGCAGAUGACUGUCAGUGCUGCAGAGUGAACUGCUCUGAGAACAGCUCCACUGUCAGACACAAUGUAGAGUCCACCAUCAUCCCUGUGUGUCCCUGUGGAUCUGCCAGAGGAUCAUCAGUGGAUCUGGAUGCUCUGCUGCUGCUCUGUCCUUCUACACAGUCUCUGCAGAGUCUCUGUCUGACACUGGCUUCAGCUUUUCAGGCUUCAUUCUGGAUCACAGUCAGGAGAACAUCACCUGGAAAGGCCUCCAACAACAUCUCCAUCAUAGACACAAUGUUUUUAGGACUUACACAUCAGGCUUUGGUG